AUGGGCGAAAAGGAAAAGUCAGACUCGUCCAAGACCCCUUCAUUAGAAGGCGGCACCGAGACAACCAAGAUCCUCGAGACUGGGGAAGUCUUUGCCGUUGGUGCAUCUUCCCACCUGUACGAGCCCAUCCCCGAGUACGAGGGACGACACCGCUGGGACCCCAAUGCAGAAUGGGACCCCAAGGACGAGAAGAGGUUGGUUCGCAAACUUGACUGGCGCAUCUGCUCCUGGGUAUGCGUCAUGUUCUUCGCCCUCCAACUCGAUCGCGGCAACAUUAGCCAAGCCCUGACGGACGACAUGCUCAAAGACCUCGGCCUCUCCACCAACCAAUAUAACUAUGGCAUGACCAUCUUCUACCUAACAUUUUUGUGCGCCGAGCUCCCGUCCCAGAUGAUAUCCAAGAAGCUCGGCCCCGACGUGUGGAUCCCCAUACAAAUGGUCUCGUGGAGCCUCGUCGCCGCCUUCCAGUGCUUUAUCAAGGGCGCUACGGGCUACUAUACCACAAGGGCCUUGCUUGGCCUCUUGGAAGGCGGCUUCAUCCCCGACGCGAUCCUCUACCUCUCCUACUUUUACACGAGCAAAGAGCUCCCCGUCCGCCUGAGCUACUUUUACACGGCUUCGAACGCGACCCAGAUUCUGGCCGCCUUCAUGGCGUUCGGCCUCCUUCGCAUGAGAGGCAUCAUGGGCUGGGAAGGGUGGCGGUGGCUGUUCCUUCUCGAGGGUAUUCUCACCUGUCUCAUAGGGAUCUUUUCGUGGGUGUACAUGCCGCCAAGCCCCACGCAAACGGCAAGCUGGUUCCGAGGAAAGGAUGGAUGGUUCACCGAGAAGGAGGAAAUUAUCAUGGUGAACAGGAUUCUCCGCGACGACCCCGCCAAGGGUGGCAUGCACAAUCGCCAGGGUCUUACUUUGCGUCUGCUGUGGAAGGCAUUGUCGGAUUAUGACCUGUGGCCUAUUUACCUCAUGGGCUUCACUCUUCUUCUCCCCAUUCGUCCCGUGAUGGCUUACUUUACGCUGAACCUCCGCAACCUUGGGUUCGACACGUUUCAGACGAACCUGCUUACCAUCCCAGCCUAUGCCAUUUUCAUCAUCCAGCUCAUCGUCCUGUCGAGGAUAUCCGAAUGGAUCAACAACCGGUUUGCCAUUGUGCUCUUCUACUCCAUCUGGCUCCUUCCACUUUUCAUUGCACUCGCCGUAUUGCCGGGAGAUGUCGACAGGUGGUCAAAAUUCGCCGUCACAACCUUGAUCAUAGGUUAUCCCUAUGUUCAUUCCAUUCUCGUUGGCCUCACGUCGCGUAAUGCGGGAUCGGUCCGGACGCGGACGGUGGGAAGCGCAGUCUAUAACAUGACUGUACAAGCCAGCAGCAUUAUCGGAUCGAAUCUCUACCGCGCGGAUGAUGCACCGUUGUACCGUCGAGGAAACAAGAUCAUACUCGGCAUUAUUGCUUGGAAUGCCGUCUUCUCCGUGCUGAUCAAAUACUACUACAUUCGCAGGAACAAGAAGCGUGAUGAAAUCUGGAACGCCAUGACGCAGGCCCAGAAAGAUGAAUAUGUUGCGACGACAAAAGACGACGGAAGUUCCCGGCUGGACUUUAGGUUCGCGCAUUAA